AUGGAUUUGCACGAGCUGAUAGCCGUCGGAAAAGAGCUAGGUCUUCAGGGAGCCGCGCUGAAGGAAUGGGUAGAGAAAGAACAGAGGGAAAGAAGGGCUCAAGAACGGGAGCUGUUGAAAGAGCAGGCGCUUGCACGAGAGCAGGAACAGGUACGCGAAAACGAAGCGGCGAAAGCUAGAGCCGAAGAAGCAAAACAGUUAGCAGAAGAAGAACGGCGAACUAUAGAGAUGAAGAUCAGGCUACAGGAACUGCAGAAUCAGGGUUCAGGCGCGACAACGACGAACGCUGCACGCGAGGUCGGUAACACACUACCGGUUACACCGCACCGCUGGCUUGCGCCGUUCGACGAAAGACGUGAUGAUCUCGACGCGUAUCUGCUACGUUUCGAACGCCUGGCGACGGGACAACGGUGGCCAAAAGAGCAGUGGGCGACGGCGCUCAGCGUCUGUCUUAAUGGCGAUGCGUUGGGAGUUUUUGCCAGACUGACACCUGAGGACUCCGCUGAAUACGACAAGGUGAAGGCGGCUCUCCUUCAGAGAUUUAGGUUAACGGCGGAAGGUUUCAGGGAGAAGUUUCGAAGUGGGAAGCCAGUGGAUGGAGAGACCGGAACACAGUUUGCAGCGCGGUUGAGUAACCUUUUCGACAGGUGGAUCGAUUUGUCUGAGACGAAGAAGGACUAUGCCAGCCUACGGGACCUCUUAUUGACGGAGCAGUUUGUGAAGGGGUGCCAGCCAAAGUUGGCCAUGUUUUUGAGGGAGCGAAAGACCGAAUCCUUGGCAGAUUUGGCGACGCUGGCCGACAGGUUUUUGGAAGCGCAGUGCCAGAGUCAUCUCGGGCAGAGAAAAUGUGAAAGUGACGGUUCAGACGAAGAGCCAGCGCAAGCAGCAGUGACAAGGCACGCCUAUGAGGGGAAAGAAACGCGAACAAGAGGACUCUGUUUUUUGUGCAACAGAUUGGGCCAUAAGGCAGCAUACUGUAGGAGUCGCCAAAGGAACGGGAUAUGUUAUUCUUGCGGGAAGGAAGGGCAUCGGGCAAGAAACUGCCCAGAGGAGAUGCCAGCAGUUUCCCAGUCAUCGUGUGUCAUCGUCCGAAGAGUUGAGGACAAGAGCUGUACAGAAAUGGACGUGAAGGAUGGACAUGUGGGACUCAAGAACGGCGCAAUGGUGCCCGUUGUAAACGCUUGUGUGACGCCCAAAACAGCGUUCCAGAUCGAAGGCAUGCCGGCCGCAACAGGAAAAAUGGGGAAGCGGGAAAUAACGGUCCUGCGAGACACAGGAAGCGACACGGUGAUUGUCAAGAGGGGACUGGUAAGACAAGAAGACAUGACCGGAAGGCACAGCCCCGUGCGCCUAGUAGAUGGGACUGUAAGGAAGUUACCGGAGGCGAGAAUUUUUGUGAAGACGCCGUUCUAUAGCGGGCCUCUGACGGCAAAGUGUAUGGAAGCCCCACUGUAUGACGUGAUCAUCGGGAACGUUCCAAAUGCACGAGGACCUACUAAUCCUGAUCCGAAUUGGGAAGAAGCCGAUAGUGGAGAGGGUACCGUCGCAGAGACCAGGAAACAGAUGUACGGCAGAUGUCCGACUCAGGCUGCGAAUGGUAGGAGCGAAAGGGGUGGGCGACCGAGAAGAUGGUAUGAACGAGCGCCACCGCGGAUCAGGAUGGAGCGUAGACGUUUGCAGUGUCAGUGCUCAGUCUCGAGCGGAAGGUUUAGAAGGACGUAA